ACCAUGUCUGAGUCUGGGCACAGUCAGCCUGGGCUCUACGGGAUGGAGCGGCGGCGACGGUGGAAGGAGCCUGGCCCUGGCGGCCCCCAGAAUCUCUCUGGGCCUGGUGGUCGGGAGAGGGACUACCUUGCACCGUGGGAGAGGGAGAGACGGGAUGGCAGUGAAGAGACAGGCGCUUCAGUCAUGCAGAAAACCCCCAUCAUCCUCUCAAAACCUCCAGCAGAGCGGUCGAAGCAGCUGCCACCACCAACUCCAGCUCCUGCUGCCCCAUCUGCCCCAGCCCCUCUGGAGAAGCCUAUUGUCCUCAUGAAGCCACGAGAGGAAGGGAAGGGGCCUGCGGCCGGGACAGGCGCCUCUACUCCCGAGGGCACUGCCCCGCCACCCCCUGCAGCCCCUGCACCAGCCAAGGGAGAGAAGGAGGGCCAGAGACCCACACAGCCUGUGUACCAGAUCCAGAACCGGGGCAUGGGCACUGCCGCGCCAGCGGCCAUGGACCCUGUCGUGGGCCAGGCCAAACUGUUGCCCCCAGAGCGCAUGAAGCACAGUAUCAAGUUGGUGGAUGACCAGAUGAAUUGGUGCGACAGUGCCAUUGAGUACCUGUUGGAUCAGACUGAUGUGUUGGUGGUUGGUGUCCUGGGCCUCCAGGGGACGGGCAAGUCCAUGGUCAUGUCACUGUUGUCAGCCAACACCCCAGAAGAGGACCAGAGGGCAUAUGUUUUCCGGGCCCAGAGCGCUGAAAUGAAGGAACGAGGGGGCAACCAGACCAGUGGCAUCGACUUCUUCAUUACGCAAGAGCGGAUCGUUUUCCUGGACACGCAGCCCAUCCUGAGCCCCUCCAUCUUGGACCAUCUCAUCAAUAACGACCGCAAACUGCCUCCAGAGUACAACCUUCCCCACACCUAUGUUGAGAUGCAGUCACUGCAGAUCGCUGCCUUUCUUUUCACCGUGUGCCACGUGGUGAUUGUCGUCCAGGACUGGUUCACGGACCUCAGUCUGUACAGGUUCCUGCAGACAGCAGAGAUGGUGAAGCCCUCCACCCCAUCCCCCAGCCACGAGCCCAGCAGUUCAUCAGGCUCUGAUGAAGACACCGAGUACUACCCCCACCUGGUCUUCCUGCAGAACAAAGCUCGACGAGAGGACUUCUGUCCCCGAAAGCUGCGGCACAUGCACCUGAUGAUCGACCAGCUCAUGGCCCACUCCCAUCUGCGCUACAAGGGUACUCUGUCCAUGUUACAGUGCAACGUCUUCCCGGGGCUCCCUCCUGACUUCCUGGACUCUGAGGUCAACUUGUUCCUUGUGCCUUUCAUGGACAGCGAAGCAGAGAGUGAAAACCCGCCAAGGGCAGGACCUGGCUCCAGCCCACUCUUCUCCCUUCUGCCUGGGUACCGUGGCCACCCCAGUUUCCAGUCUUUGGUGAGCAAGCUCCGGAGCCAGGUGAUGUCCAUGGCCCGGCCACAGCUGUCGCACACGAUCCUCACUGAGAAGAACUGGUUCCAUUAUGCUGCCCGGAUCUGGGAUGGGGUGAGAAAGUCCUCUGCACUGGCAGAGUAUAGCCGCCUGCUGGCCUGAGGCCGAGGGAGGAAUGUCAUGCAGGGAACCCCCUUCCGGGUCUCCGGUGGACGGCGAGGGAACACACGCGUCCUCCCUCUGGCACGUGGAGAGUGGCAGCGGGUCUGAGGGACGAAGACCGCGACUUUCUCAGCUGGAGACACGAGGUGUCCAGGGCCAGGCCCACCUCAAUGGAGGGUUGUUCAGGUGGUGACUUUGAGAUCCCGCCCCGACCUGCAAUGGGGCGGCCCUCCUGAGUCCCCCACAGGGACAGGCAGUGGGAGGGGCCUGAAUGGUCAUAGCAGGAAGCCCAAGCUCCAUCUUGACCCCCCUCUGCAGGGGCAGCAGCUACAGGUCCGUCUUCCCUGACUCCAGGGGAUAAAGCGUGAGACAGGGUCUGGAGGGCUCUUUUUUGGGGUAGGUCUGGUGGUUCACAUAAAUAUUGUCAUGCAA